AUGGACAACUUUUCCACUACGUGGUUAUUACGUGCUUCUGAGAACAACACAGAAAGCAAUCGGGAGAUAAUCGAUGCCGAGCUAUCGAGGUUCCCCAAGACGCUGAGAACAUUCGCAGCCGUAGUUGCAAUUCUAAUUAUGAUCGUUGGCCUUACUGGUAAUUUGCUGACGAUCAUUGCACUGUGCAAGUAUCCUAAAGUUCGCAACGUUGCAGCGGCCUUCAUUAUCAGCCUCUGUGUAGCGGACUUCGUAUUCUGCCUUCUCGUACUGCCAUUCGAUUCUAUCAGGUUUGUCGACGCAAGCUGGGCGGACGUACGAUUUCUAUGUGUCCUUGUACCUUUUCUAAGAUAUGGUAACGUCGGUGUGAGUCUCCUCUCUGUUGCAGCUAUCACUAUCAACAGAUACAUCAUGAUAGCUCAUCAUGGUUUGUACAGCAAAGUUUACAAGAAAUAUUGGAUCGCCUUUAUGAUUGUAUUCUGUUGGAUGUUUUCUUAUGGAAUGCAAGUGCCCACCCUAUUAGGAAUUUGGGGUAGGUUCGACUACGAUCCAAAUCUCGAAACUUGCUCGAUCGUUCGGGACAGCAAAAGUCACACGUCGAAAACAUUCCUUUUCAUAAUGGGUUUCGUGAUACCCUGCGUAGUGAUCGUUGGUUGUUAUACUAAAAUAUUCUGGGUAGUACACAGCUCCGAAAUAAGGAUGCGAAAGCAUGCAACACCAACGAUCAAAUCUCCCCAUACUCCCGGAAGAGAUACCAGGGAGAUAAAACAAAGACGUAGCGAAUGGCGAAUCACAAAGAUGGUUCUUGCCAUUUUCCUCAGUUUCGUCGCUUGUUACCUUCCAAUCACUAUCGUUAAGGUCGCUGACGGAGAAGUUAAAUAUCCAGAAUUUCACGUUUUGGGCUACCUUCUGCUCUACUUCGCAUCCUGCGUGAACCCGAUCAUUUACGUGAUCAUGAACAAACAGUACAGGCAAGCGUACGCGGGCGUGAUCGGAUGUUCGCGGAUAAGGGCAAGUCUGACUCCGUACGGGAGCAGCGCACCUGGUCAUCUUCAUCAUCAGCAGGACUACGGCCAAGACUACUCGAAGGACUUCAGCAAGACGAUGGUCUCGACAGUUUCCAUCGCCAUGAAUCCUGUGAAAAAUUCUCAUCUCGAUGAGGAACCCUGAGAAUCUUUCGGGAUUUAACUGUCCACACGAACAAGAGGAUAUUGUAGGAAAGAUACGAUCCACCCUUAAAAAUAAAAGACACCUUGUAUAUUGGUUAAGAUUAUAUAUAAUUAUGGUUGACAAUUGAUUAUGGUUAAGGGUGGUAGUAUAUUGUACGUAUUUACAUCGUAUUACCCGCGAAUUACUUCCGCAGAAUAGGAAGAGAACGUGGGAUUGAAGGAGAAGCAGAAUUGAACGAAGAAAUUGUAUGAUAAAGAGUAAAAUAAGUUAUUCGUCAUUUUUCGUAAUUUAAAUGUUAAAAAGCUACAUAUAUAUAACGAUUUAACAGGAUCAGACGCAAGAGU